GUGGCUGACAGCCGAAUAGCCCCCAUGUGCUGCCUUAUAUCUUAGUUUUUUAGACAGGCGAGGAAGGAAGGAAGACGUCACGCCAUUUUCAGCAAGCUUACCGACUUCCAUUCCUCCUGCCCACUUCCGUUCCGCUUCCCGACUUUCGUUCCAAGCUCACGCCCUUUUUCCGAGCUCACGAUCCAGGAUUAGGAUCCGGCCCCCUGACUCAGCAGCCUACCUCUCCGUAAACUACCAGCAUUACGAUUAUUCGGCCAGUCAGCUGCUGCAUCAACGAGCUUCCAUCUCACUUUUGAUCGUCCUCGCUUGCUCACAUUCCUCCGCUUCCUCGCUCAUUUUACAUGUCCCUGCUCGCAAGCCUGCUCAGACCAUGCGUCUACAUACUCAUGUAUUAUUCUACCUCACACUGAAUGCACUGGGUAUCACGCUCUUAUCUCGCGCAAACGCUGAACGUUCUUCGCCUUUCUUCGCAGUCAGCGUCACCUGGUAACCCUCCUGUUCCUUACCGCAUUGUCAAGACGACCAUAGCAACUGCUGCAUCACAAUAAUAAGCUGGCAUCCAACAACAAACGCUCCCCACGAAUGCAGCAGCUCACAGCACUCGCAUAAUCGCACUUAUCUCCUGAUCCCCUUCAAGAAUAGCUCGUCUUGUACGACUCGCUGACGGUGCACAGAAGGUGCUCCCCUUGGAGUCCAUUAACCACUACCACUACUCGAAGAAGUAGCGAUAAGUGGCGAUCAAGCGGUAGUAGCUGAAACACUGCACGUGCGCCGAAGGUCACUGCGUCAAGUACAUCGCAGCUGGAACAGCUCGUACGGCGUUGAAGUAGCUUCGAAGUCGAGCCAGAACGAGUCUACGCUGAGUGCCACACGAUCUCAGUGCGCCGUAGGGAAGCUUAGAACCAUCCAGUGUCUCGGGUUUAGACGUUUCGCACGUUUCGCACGUUUCGCGCGCUUCUCUUCCGGCGACAUGGCGAACGGGGUGAACCUGACAGGAGUGACAAUCAUUGCUGCCGUCUCCGCCGUCCUUGCAGCCGGCGUCACGGCGCUCAACAUACCCUCGGGUGUCUUCGGCCUGCAUCCCAUGCCCCACGUCAUCCCCUUCUUCUGCACGUGCGACGAUGACUCAGCGCUGAUGGAGGACAGCCUGGCGCGUUGCCAGGUGGCGAGCGACUUCCUCAUCGCGCUGGCGUACCUGUCCAUCCCCCUGGAGCUCGGAUACUUCACUUUCCGGGCCAAAAACUUCUCGCACCGCUGGGUCAUGCUGCUCUUCAGCCUCUUCAUCGUGCUCUGCGGCCUGACCCACCUGGUGAACGUGUGGACGUACGGAGCCCACCCCAGGCAGCUGAGCGUGGUGCAGACGGUGCUCAAGGUGCUGUGCGCUGCUGUGUCGUGGGGCACUGCGUUUGUGCUCUUCACCAUCAUCCCCUCGCUGCUCAAGUUCAAGGUUCGGGAGCUGUCUCUGCAGCACAAGGCUGCUCAGCUGGAUCGGGAGAUGGAUGCCAUACGGAGGAGAGAGGAGGUGGGCCGUCAUGUGCGCAUGCUAACGUAUGAGAUCCGGCAGUCCCUGGACCGCCACACCAUUCUCAACACCACUCUGGUGGAGCUCGCCCAGGCGCUGGUGCUGGAGAACUGCACUGUGUGGAUGCCAGACCCCUCGGGGGAGUAUUUGGAGCUGACGCAUGAGCUGGAGAGACGACUGGUGCAGGUCCCCAUAUGCGUACACAUAUCCGACCCCAGCGUCCAAUCAGUGAUCGCCACGUCAAACCCGUGCCUCAUCUCACACUCCUCCUUCAUUGGAUCUGCCUCCACGCCCCGAGGGGCGCACGCCACUGCCAUGGCAGCCGUUCGCUUGGCCAUCCACAUUCCAACACACUGCCAUGCGUCUAGGAGCAGUCAGCAGGGGGAGGAGCCUGGCUAUGGCGAUACUGCAGCUGCUGGUGGCCGUGGUGGCGGUGGUAAUGGUGGUGCAGAUGAUGAUGGCUUUGCUGGCAGCGAUGCUGCUGAUAUGGAGUACGAAUCGGCAGUGGAGUAUGGGGUCAUGGUGCUGGUGCUGCAUGGAGACGAGAAGAGGCAGUGGCAGGCCCACGAGGUGGAGAUGGUGGAGGUGGUGGCGGACCAAGUGGCCAUUGCGCUUUCACAUGCUGCAGCACUUGAAGAGUCGCAGAGGCGCAGGGAGGAUCUGGCAGAGCAGAAUGCAGCCUUGCAGGUGGCGAGGCUGCGGGCGGAGGAGGCAAUUCAAGCGAGGAACGACUUCCUGUCGGUGAUGAACCACGAGAUGCGCAGCCCGCUGCACACCAUACUCGCGCUUUCCUCUCUCAUGGAGGAGGAUGAGCUGACAGACGAGCAAGGACCCAUGGUGGCCACUCUCUCUCGCAGCGCAUCUAUGCUCACAUCGCUCAUCUGCGACGUCAUUGGGGUGGCACAGCGGCAGGAGAUCAACCUGGUGCUAGAGCACCGCCCCUUCGAUCUGAGGCGCAUGCUGCACGACGCAGCGUCCCUGGCAUGGCCCAUGAUGCGAGCCAAGGGGCUGAGCUUCUCUGUGGUGAUCGCCAGGGAGGUGCCGCGGCACGUGGUGGGGGAUGAGAGGCGGUUGCUGCGUGUGGUGCUGCACAUCCUUGGCCAUGCCAUCGACUCUUCAGAUGAGGGCACAAUCUCGGUGGCUGUGGGGUUGUCAGACGGCAGUCACGGUCCGGCAAGAAAGCCACACAUCGAGCAUCCAUCACAUGCCCUCCAUUCGGCUAUCUCCCGCCAGGACCACGUGCGAGUGCGCAUCACAGUGACCGACUCGGGAGGGGAGGAGUCCAAGCAAGCCCUACUGGAGCGAUUCGAGCAGGCCAGGGAGAGAGAGGAGGUGCUAAAGGGGCAGGCUAUAGCGGGGAUGCAGGCCCUGGGGCAGGACCCUGCGAACGUGGGCCAAGGGCUAUUGGCGGAGGGAUGGGUUGGGUGCACACGCGCACUGGGAGGGGGGGCGGCGCAGGGGGGGGUUGGCGCUGAAUCAGGUCAAAGCGUGGGAGUCGGGGGGAAGGAGGGCACAGGUACGCAGGCACAUGCACAUGAGCAUACACAGACACAGGCACAGGCUAACCCAUCAGCGCAUGCACAUACCCAGGGGCAUGUACAGGGGCAUGCACAGGGGCAUGCACAGGGGCAUGCACAGGGGUAUGCACAGGCACAGGCACAGGCAUAUGCGCCUUGGCAUGUCCACAGCAACACACAUGAAUCGGAGCACAGGGUCAGCCGCACGUCCAGCAACGAGAGCGCGUACAGCCAAGCCUCACACGUCCAUCCACCUCUAGAGCCGCCCCACCCCCUGGCGCCCCACCCCCUGGCGCCCCACCCUCUGGCGCCCCACCCUCUGGCGCCCCACCCUCUGGCGCCCCACCCUCUGGCGCCCCACCCUCUGGCGCCCCACCCUCUGGCGCCCCACACACGGCAUCCGGCCGACACAAGCAGCGCCGCAGCAGACAGCAGCAGCGGUUCGGCAGCAGCACACACGCACCAUGCAGCAGCGGACUCUAGAUCGAGCGCAACGGAACGCAGCAGUGGCCUGGUGGUGGAAGGUAGCGCGGCGGAUCUGAGCGAAGCGGAGGCAGUGGAGAGGCAGCGGCAGGCGAGCAUCAACGAGCAGUUUGUGGCGCCCUCCUGCUCCAUCUGCCAGAAGCUUCUCCUCCUCAUGGACGGUCACUACUGGAACGCCACCCAGGCCUCCGACCCCGGCGCUGCUACUGCGUUCUCCGUGCGGUUGCUGUGUGACCGGACGAGGACGAGGCAUAGGAGGAGGAGGAACAUGAUGAGUGGUUUGGAAGGGUCUGGGGAUGAGGGGUCCGGGAGUGAGGAGGAUGAGGGGGAUGGGGACGAGGGGAGUGAUAGUGAUGAGUCGUCGUGCUCCAUUGGGGCGUAUAUCCAAGAGCUGGAGGGGAUCCGCGUGCUGCUUGUGGAAGACAACGUGGCCAAUCGCAUCGCGACACAUCAGCUCCUCCUGUCCCUGCACUGCCACGUCACCCUAGCCGCCAGCACACAGGAGUGCCUCUCGAUCCUUUCUGGCAGCAGGAAGAGCCCGUCAGCUGCCCCCAUCGCAGACAUUGUGCUCUUGGAUAUCUGCAUGCCCGAUGUAGACGGCCUCGAGGCUGCUCGCUGCAUCCACAAGAUGUUCCGCCCCGAUAGUCGACCAUUCAUCGUUGGCAUUACGGCAAGAACAGAUGAGGCUCUUGUGGCAGCAUGUGGGACAGCGGGGAUGGACGAGGUUUUAUUGAAGCCCGUUAGUCUGCGGCAGUUAGCAGCUGCCCUGUGCCAUGUUGUAGCUGCUAUGUGAACGUUUUGUGCUCCAGGUGCUCAAGCUAGAUAAAUUUUGGAAGCCAGUAUGAGAAGUCUGUGGGUGCAUGUGAUUGCAAAAUGAAGUUAUGCCAUAAGUUAUGGCUUAUACGUGAACGUUUUAGGGUACCCAGUUUCGCUAGAAACAUUUCUCAGGACCUGGUUAUAAUCGA